AUGGAUACAAAUAAUAAAAAUCAAAAGCCACCAACGACAACGGAUAAUUUAACACCAACACAACCUGCACAGAACGAAAUCUCGUUACUAACAAGUUCACUAGUAAAAAGCAGAGAUAGUAGUGGAAAUAAUGGAGGAUCUACCAAAUCAAUAGCGGCAACAACACCAAUUCGAAUAGCAUCUUCUUCACAGCAUCAAAGACAACAGCAACAAGUAAUUUCAAAUAAUAACGACAAUGAUUCAUUAUUGUUUCGAAAUUAUCGCGGUGUUGAUAAUGAAUAUAAUAAUAGUAAUAAUUAUUUAGUAAAAGACAAUGACAAAGAAUUAACGCCGAAUAUUAAUACUAUUGAUAACGAUGAGAAUAAUCAACAACCACAACAGAUAUUACGAGCAAAACCGCAAAAAAAUCAGAAUUUAUUAGGCUCGAUAGACGAAGAAACUCGACAAACACCCUCGUCGAAUGAUACAACUGAUCCUAAUAAUAAUUCACGAGUAAUAGCUUCUAAUAAAAAUAGCAAUAAUCACGCGAUACAAAGAGGUUACCAAGCAAGACCAAGACACAUCAAUAUAGCUAAUGCAGCCAAUAAUCGAGCAUCUUUGCCAAAAGCAAUAACAACAACACCAGGAGCAAUCUCCUCAUCAUAUGCAGGCGAACGGAUUCCAUGGAGCUCACUAAAACACUACAGCGACGGUUCUUUUGUCACUUCGCCACUUCAGUCAAGUUACAUGACGGCUGACAGUUUUUUUCCCGCAGGUCUAAGCUUCGAUAAUAAUUCUACACAUCCUCAACAAAAUCUCCCGAAUUAUAAUUAUACUCAUUCUGGUAGUAUUGGACCUCAUAUUAUUCCUUCGUCGGUCGACGAUGGAAGAAGUUUGUUUAGUGUGAUUAUGGAUGAUGGGUCGAAACAACGUCGUAGGAUUUCAUUGAGUUCUGAAUAUACUUUACCAAGAAAUCCCGUAUCUGAAAAUGUGCCACUCCUAGCUGGGGAUGACGUUUAUGACGACUCGGAUACAGAAGAUGAACGAGACACACCACCUUUAAAUAAUCGUUAUCAUCUCUACCAUCCAAAAAACCGUUUCUCUGUCUACCGGCAUCGGCUAACCUCGUGGUUCCGGAACCAUACAAAACUCUCGACAAACUCGAAAAAAGUAAUAAAAUGCGCUGUGGCAUACUUCCUCGCCUCAAUGUUUACCUACAUCCCUGCAUUAAACGCGUUGAUCGGCCUCACCGAAGCACAGAAUGCACAUCUUGUUGCCUCAGUUUCGGUGUUCUUUAACCCUGCCAAAACGAUCGGUGGUAUUUUCGAGGCAAUGUUUUUGGCGUUGUUUGCUGGGUGUUAUGGCGCGUUGGUCGGAGUCUUGAGUAUGGCGUCGGCUGUUUGGUUUAAUCAACAGCAGAUGUAUAUUUUGGGGCAUGUUGUUAGUGUUGUUGUGUGGUGUGGGGGGAGUAUAUUUAUUUUGGCGUUUUUGAAGGCGACGUUGAAGAAACCGGCUUUUAAUAGUGCAUGUUCUCUUUGUUGCAUUAUUAUAUUUGUUGUGCUCACCAAAGAAGGAAGCGUUGUGUUGGGCGAAUUCGCCACUAAUAAAAUAUUUCAAGUGGCGACUAUUAUUUUAGUUGGAGCCUCGAUAAGUUUUUUAGUUUCGGUGUUACUUUGGCCUGUUAGUGCUAGUGAUAAAUUAAAGGACGAAAUUGGCAAAACCCUCGCAUCGUUCCGUCUCCUCCUAAAACUUCUCACCAAAACAUUUCUAAUCGACGACAUCCACUACACUGACGCCUCAGUACAAGAAGCGAUCACGUCACAUCGUGCCACGUUCACGUCACUUAAAGCGUCACUCAAUGAGGCGAAGUUGGAGAUACACAAUCGCGCGAUGCAGCGCGAAUUGGGAUUGUAUCAUGAAGUUGUGAAGAGUUUGCAGCGAUUAGCGCAACAUUUGGGCGGAUUAAGAAGUUGUUGUGGAUUGCAAUGGGAAAUGAUUAAAGACAAGGAUACGAAUAAUCAUAAUGGUGGUGAAGGAAUCCCGUUGACUGAAGGUGAACCACAAGGUCGUCCAAGUGGUAAUGUAACCGAAGAAGAAGAUUACGGAGAUAUCGGUAUCUUGUUAGAAUUCAUUCAUCACGUUGGACCACACAUGAAAUCACUAGCAUUCACAUGCAAACAAACGAUGGCUCAUCUUCAAGAUCAAUUGACCAAAGCUUUGAAUAAUGAAUCCGACCAACAACGACCAUCAUUCACUCUCCUCCAAGAAAACCUCGAAGCAGCACUCGCACUAUUCGAAACAUCGCAAACGCGUGCCGUCACACGACUCUACAAAAAAGAAACCAUGAAUGGUCAUUUUGACGGUCGUCCGAAUGAAGAAGUUUUCUUGAUUUAUUUUUUCGUGUUUAAUUUGCAAGAGUUUACAAGGGAGCUUCAGCGGUUGGUUACUUUGGUUGGGAAAAUUAGUAAAUCGCAGUUGAGGGCGCAGGAAAUAAGGAGGAGUUUGAAGUGGUGGGAGUUGCGGCGAUGGUUUAAUUGGUUCUUUUGUCUUUCCAAUACUAAUGAUCAAGAUACGGUGGCGGAUGGUGCAAAUAAUAGUAAAAAAUCAAACCCUAAAUUCCCGGAACAUUCGCAUAAUCUGUUUAAUACUAUUCAGACACCAAAACCAAAAACAAAAUGGCAAGCGUUCACUAUACGAUUAUGGGAAUGGUCAUCACUAUUUCGACGAUAUGAAGUCAAAUAUGCAUUCAAGACGGCGCUUAGUGCUUCUAUUUUGGCCACGCCUGCGUUCAUUGAUUACACACGACCUACAUAUAUAAAGUAUCGAGGUGAAUGGGCUUGUAUUUCUAUGAUAGUAGUAAUGGUCCCCACAGUAGGUGGCACAAAUCUCAUGAGCUUCUACCGCGUCUUGGGCACAUUCCUCGGGGGCUGUCUCGCAUUCAUAGCAUACACCCUAUUCCCCGAUAACGGCCCAAUUCUCGCGAUUUUCGGGUUCUUGGUUGCGUUACCGUGUUUUUAUAUCCUGAUGUUUACAAAGUACGACCGGAUGGGACAGUUUAUCCUGUUGGCGUAUAAUCUGGUGGCGUUGUAUAAAUUUAAUUUGAGGAAUGCCGAGGAUGAUGAACACCUGGAUUUGUAUGAGAUUGCGUGGUAUCGUAGUAUUGCGGUGGGGACUGGUGUGUUGUGGGGUUUGUUUGUUACGACUUGUUGGUGGCCGUAUGAAGCGAGAACAGAAUUGAGAAAAGGAUUGAGUUUUUUGAUUAUUAAUAUGAGUUGGUUGUAUAAGGAACUUGUUAGUCUUUAUUCCGGUAAAACAGACAACAAUAAUUCAAAUAUAAAUGGAGGUGAAUCACAUGUCUCAUCCACAUCGUCCAAUUCUACUCGGAGCACCGUCAUCAACCUUUCUCAAGAUCACCUCUCAAAAUCCACAAAAGAUUUUCUAGAACUCGAACUAUUCCUCCAAGUCUCAAUCCUCGAACUCCACGAUCUACUCGCGCAAACACCCAACGAACCCCGUUUAAAAGGUCCCUUCCCCGUGCGAACAUACAGCAAAAUCCUCACCAGCUGCCAAAACAUUCUCGAUAAAAUGCUAUCAAUGCGUAUCGCCGUCACCAAAGAACAAUUCUACGACGCGAUCCGACGCGACUUUAUAAUCCCGAUAAAUCGCGAACGACGCGAACUUGUCGGCAAUGUAUUGUUGUAUUUUUACGUGUUGGCUGCGGCGUUGCGUCUUAAAACACCAUUGCCGCCGUAUUUGCCGCCAGCUGAUCAGGCUCGACGAAGAAUGGUCAAAAAGAUUAGGGACUUACCGGUGGUAAGGCAACGUUUUGUCGAGGGGAACGAUGAGCAUUAUAUUGUGUAUUAUGCAUAUGCGUUGGUGAUGGAGGAUAUUAUCCGGGAGUUGGAGAAUCUUGGUGGGACUAUGCAAGAGUUGUUUGGUACUAUGGGUGGAGAGGAGUUUGAUGCUUUUUUUAUGGUACCUGAGGAAAAUUCGCAAUCACAAUCGGCUUUUAGCAAUGUUGCAGAAGAAUAA